UUCUACUUGAACCAUUUUCAACACCCUCCCGGGCAGAUGGAAUGGGAGCGGUGGCGGUCUCCACUCGCUGAUGGAACCUUGGAGCCAUGAGCGCAGCCCGUACAACGUUUGCUCUGGACCCCAUCAAACUCUUGCUGCUUUAUGCUGUGCUCGGCAUCCUCGCCGUUCAUGGCUUCGGUGGUGAAGAGGAGGCCCUUAACCUCAGCAGCACCAACAAGAGCGUGGGCAACGGCAGGUGGGCCCGGUCCGUGAGCAACCAGCCACAGCCCCGUGACUGUGUGCUCUCCGCCUGGUCUUCAUGGAGCAAAUGUGAUCCCUGUCAAAAGAAAAAGUACAGAUUUGCCCGCCUGGAACAACCUUCUCAGUUCAAUGGAGAUCCAUGUGAUUACUCUGACAAAGAAACCGAAGACUGUGUUACAAAUAAUCCUUGCAGGAAUAGAGUUAGAUGUGAUGGGUUUGUGUGUGCAGUUACAGGGAGAUGCAUUGCACGGAGGCUGCUUUGUAAUGGGGAUGAUGACUGCGGGGACCGGUCAGAUGAGAAAAACUGCAAAAAAGUGUUUAGAAAAUGUGACCAGAAGAUGGAGCAAUACUGGGGAAUAGAGAAUCUGGCAAAAGGGUUAAAUAUCUUCACAAACAACUUGGAAGGAUUAGUUCUUGAUCACCAGUACUAUGCUGGGGGAUGUUCUCCCCAUUAUAUCAUGGACACAAGAUUCAGAAAGCCAUACAACGUAGAGAGCUAUACGCCAGAGACCAAAGGCAAAUAUGAAUUUACAAUGACUGAAUAUGACUCCUACUCAGAUUAUGAAAGCAGAGUCCUGAAGGCAAAAGCUUCGCAGUCUAGCUUCAGCUUUGGUAUAAAAAUACCGGGAUUGUUUGAACUUGGUUACAGUUCAAACGACAACAGGUUCAAGAAGUUCAUGAAAAGGAUGAAAAGAUUUUCUUCAACUUCCAGCAAGUUUAUUCACGCCCGUUCUGAGCUGGCUGUUGCCGUUUAUAAGCUGAAGCCCCGAGCCCUGAUGCUGCAUUACGAGUUCCUGCAGAGACUCCGUCAGCUCCCCUUGGAGUACAGCUACGGGGAGUACCGAGAGCUCUACAGAGACUAUGGCACCCAUUACAUCACGGAGGCUACCGUCGGUGGCAUCUACGAGUAUACUUUAGUCUUGAACAGCAACGAGCUCCAAAAUGCAGGUUAUUCUCUGAGCGAUGUCCAGAAAUGUGCACAGCAUGGCUUCAACAUUGGUGGACUUAUUAAGGUUGUCUAUGUGAACCUUGGAAUAAAUGUAGCUGGCUGUAAAUCGCUUUUAGAUGAGAUCGGAGACAGCACCUCCAAAAAACGGUUUGUGGAAGAUUUCAUCGCCCUGGUUCGUGGCGGAGCAAGCGAAUACAUUACCACCUUGGCUUACAAAGAGCUGCCGACGGCUGCGCUCAUGCAGGACUGGGGAGAUGCUGUACAGUACAACCCUGAAAUCAUAAAGCUAAAGACAGAGCCGCUAUAUCAGCUGGUGACUCCAACUGACUUUGCUAACGCAAUCACAAUAAAGGAAAAUCUGCGACGGGCCCUUGAGGAGUUUCAGCUGGAGACCAGUUCUUGUCGCUGUGCUCCGUGCCAAAACAAUGGCAUCCCUUUUCUGCAAGGAACCAGGUGUGAAUGCCUGUGUCCCCUUGGUUACAGGGGCACUGCCUGCGAGAUCAGCAAGAGGGGAGAUGCUGCUGUGAAUGGAAACUGGGGUUGCUGGGCCAGCUGGUCGCCAUGUUCAGGAGGUCAACGAACAAGGAGACGACAGUGCAACAACCCUGCCCCGCAAAAUGGUGGUUCAUCGUGCUCAGGGCCAGAUGCUGAGACAGUUCUUUGCUAGAGGGAAUCGUUAGGAACCAACACAAAAGGGAGGAGCAGUUUGCAAAUGGAGUGGGAAGAUGUUGGACUCACUCUGCCUAUGAGUCUCAUCCAAGUGCGUUGAAGUUGGAACAUUCCAGAAGAUGUUGGGAGCUGGGUGUGUGUGAUGAAUCACACCUUCAGAUGUGCUUUGUAGGUGUCCCAUGGGACCAACUGUGCUUAAUGUUCUUAAUAUUUUGAUUUUCCUCUGUCUUUUUUUGCAAUGGGCUAACUGAGACAAGCUUUAUCUCGUGCCUUGUUUGGUAGCUGCAUGAUUUUGAAUUUUCCUGUCUUGUUUUUGAAGGUUCCUUUGAGAUUAGAAGAGACUGACUGAUCUUACGUGCACCAGAAUGUGCGCUAAUAUGCAGCUACUGUGAAGACAGCUGUGUCAUGUGGAGCAAAAUACAGCAUAUUAAAGUCUAAAUCUCAAUGA